AUGGAACGAAUGACCCGCAUGCGCAGUUGGGGUUAUGUUGACAAUGGAGACUGAAUAGCUUAUCUGCAUCCAUAAUUCAAAGUUAAAUCUCUUAUUAACCUGUCUCUGCUUUGUUUAGACGCGCAACUAUGGAAAGUAAUACUGACGAUGCUGAGCAGAAGGAGGAGAACUUCUCAUCUCCAGUCAUGGACCGUAACCCUUCACCACCUCCAGAAGAAGGAGAUGGACAAGAGGCUGAAGAUGCGGACGCCAUCGGAGACACCGUUUACAGCAAACACUGGCUUUUCAGCACCUUGACUCGCCUUAUUCAUAUGGUCAGUGAACUUUCUGAAGAGAACCCCGAAGCUCAAGUGAAGCUCACCGAUGAUGAUGAGGAAGACCUGUGCAAAGUCUGGGAUAUGGCCAUGGAUAAGGAUGUGGCCCGUUUUCUGCAAGAAUUUAAAGCUGCUGAUAUUCUCCUUGGAGUCAUAUCUAAAUCCCGCUGUCCACGUCUCACAGAAAUUUGUGUAGGAAUACUUGGAAACAUAGCCUGUUUCCCUGACACUUGUGUUACUCUCAGCCAAAAGGAAGACUUGUGUGCUGUGCUGUUGCUUCUUCUUGGAGAUGCAGAUCCACCAACCCUCCUGGAAACCAGCAGAUUGCUGCUAACCUGUUUAUCACACAAAGAUGUCUGCUCUCUGUGGAUUCAGCGAAUACGACAGCAGACGUCAGUGUGUCCCAACCUCUGUUUUAUCAUGUCCAGCUCUACCAACACUGAUUUGCUUGAAAAAGUGGGGGACCUGGUUGAUAAACUGUUUGACCUUGAUGAAGAGCUGAUGAAGACCUGGAUCACAGAUAAGCCACAAGACAAGAGGGGGGAUGAAAGUGACACCCCGCUGGACUUGACCUUGUGUCUUCUAGAAGCCGUCAAGCAGCUUCGGUCAGAGAAAUUAAAUGGCAUUGAAAUUUACCUUCACAUCUUUCAACUCAUCACCACUGUAGAAGAAGGCUGUGAGAUUUUUGCUGCUCCAGACGGCCCAGGGAAAGCAGUGUGGGACUUUGUCUGUGAUGUCGUCUGCAAGGACCUCUGUCAGCAAAAUGAUCUUGAAGUUGCCUUACAUGAGCAGAAGAGCACUCUGGUUCAAGCUUUCGCCGUGCUGCAGGCUCUCUACAGAUGUCAGGAUCAGUGGAAGAGCAAGGCUGACCCGAAUAUAGAUCUUAUCUGGAUCAUCUUGCGGUUGUGCCAGCACCGCAGCGAGAACAAAGAGGCUGCGACCGAUGACCAGCUGCAGGCUCUUUUUGAGAUCACCUCUGAGUUUCUAGCCGACCUUUGCAUUCACAUUCCAAAGGAGACGGUCGUGGACCUGGUUAAUAAACGAUACUUGACUCGAGAGACUUGUCUCGCUGCCGCCAACAGUUUACUUCCCAGUUAUAAACCCUCAUUUCAGCACCUCCUGGCCGCAUUGUCAGAAACUGAUCCCAAGUUAGCAGACGUGAUGACGACUCAGUUUCCUGAUUGAGGUUUUCUGCAGUUCAGUGUUCAGCACUCAUUCAAACUCACAUAGCUGCUUUUUAUAGCAGCCAGUAGGUCUUUUUUAAAUAUCAUCCUUCUAGUCAGAAUAUUUGCAUUUCCAUUGGAAAGAACCCAGCAUCAAAGGCAGGCUUUAUCAGCUAUUUUUUAUUAAUGUGAACCUGCCUUUUGUUAUUGGUUAUCAGAUUACAUUUGUGUUGAUAUUUGACAUUUUAAAUGACCACAGAAUGCUAUUUUUGUACCAGUUAUUCAACAGUGUUUCAUUAAAAAAGGUAUUAAUUGAAAA